GGCCGGGAAAGAAUGGUGGAUGACAAAAAUGCUAGUACCAUCAAUCCCUUGCUCCAGCCAGUAAUAUUGGUGGGGCAUGGAGAUCAUAUUGUUGAUGAGGAAGGCACCAAUAGUGAGAGGCCAAAAGAACCAUGGAAAAAGGAGUACGUGAAGAGCAUUGUUUAUGCUGGUUUGGAUGCAAUUAUCACUUCCUUUUCUCUCAUCUCCUCCAUCUCUGGUGGUCACCUCUCUUCCGUGGAUGUUUUGGUAUUAGGAUUCUCAAAUCUUGUAGCUGAUGGGAUAUCGAUGGGAUUUGGGGAUUUCAUUUCAACUAGUACCGAGAGGGACAUGGCUGCAAAUGAGAGGUCGGCGACCGAGCGGGAAGUAGCCAAUCACGGAAGGCCACAAGAGCAAGAAUUGCUCCAAAAAUACCAAGACCUAGGAAUGACUCCUAGUGACGCAACGACGGUGGUGAGCGUCUUAGCCAAGUACAGGGACAUAAUGGUCGAUGAAAAGAUGGUUACUGAAAAACAUAUGUUACCACCAGACCAAACAGAGAAGCCAUGGAAAAAUGGCUUGGUCACUUUUGCAGCAUUUAUCGUGUUUGGUUGUGCACCACUUCUAGCUUUUAUUAUCCUCAUUCCAUUCACGAAGAAUGAUGCUCACAAGUUUGUUGGUGCUUGUGUUUUUUCUGCAUUUGCCCUAAUUCUCUUGGGGCUUGCCAAGGCUAAGAUUGUAGGACAGAACUAUGUUGUCUCAGUGGCUAUCACACUCUCCAACGGCGCUAUUGCUGGUGCCGCCGCCUAUGGUAUUGGCUGGACGCUUCGGAACGUGGCUGGAUUAGAGGACUAAACAGUUGGAAUUGCAGCGAUUAGUGAUUGAGAAAUGUUGGAUUAGAGAACUAAACAGUUGGGAUUGCGGCGAUUAGUGAUUGAGAAAUGUGUCGAUAAAAUUUUUCUAAGCUCACGAAAACUCACCAUGCAAACUUACGAUGUUUGAUAGUAUUAUGUGUUAGUUGAUAAACAUUUUGGACAUGUGA